AUCAAAAAGCGCGUGAUCACUCGCCCCCAAACAAUUUGCUUGGCGCACGCAGCACAAAGUGCGCAUAUUAGCCACCCUCAUCGCAUCCUGAACCUGUUUGGAGCUUUUGUUGAUCCUUCAAUGGCCGCACCACCGGCAAGGGCUAGAGCAGACUAUGAUUAUCUCAUAAAGCUUCUUUUGAUCGGCGAUAGUGGUGUUGGUAAGAGUUGUCUUCUUUUACGUUUCUCUGAUGGUUCCUUCACCACAAGCUUCAUCACAACUAUCGGAAUUGAUUUUAAAAUUCGAACCAUUGAGCUUGAUGGAAAAAGAAUCAAGCUUCAGAUAUGGGAUACAGCUGGUCAGGAACGUUUUCGGACCAUCACUACUGCUUACUAUCGUGGAGCCAUGGGUAUAUUGUUGGUGUACGAUGUUACUGACGAAUCCUCCUUUAACAACAUUAGGAACUGGAUUCGUAACAUCGAGCAGCAUGCCUCAGACAAUGUCAACAAAAUACUUGUAGGGAACAAGGCUGACAUGGAUGAAAGCAAGAGGGCUGUCCCUACGGCAAAGGGUCAAGCACUUGCAGAUGAGUAUGGAAUUAAAUUUUUUGAAACUAGUGCAAAGACAAAUCUUAACGUGGAACAAGUUUUCUUCUCAAUAGCAAGAGAUAUAAAACAAAGGCUUGCAGACACAGACUCCAAGGCCGAGCCGUCAACGCUCAAGAUUAAUCAACCAGAAGCAGGAGCUGGAGGUGGUCAAGCUGCCCAGAAAUCAGCUUGUUGUGGUUCAUAAAAAUGGUUAGAAUAUGAAGUUGGAGGGCGAUAGCUUUGUAAUAUCUUUCUUUAUUGGUCAUUCUUUUGAAAUUUUAACGUGUGAAACAUAGGUUUGACUAUUAUUAUUUGUUGCUAACACCUUUCCAGUUUCCUUCUUCAUUUAGCUUUCAAGGACCUGUAACCUAGCUAGCUGUUUAUGUGUACAACUUUUAUUAUGGCCUCAAACUUGAUACUACUAA